ACUCAUUGAUUCUUGGACAAUAACUCUAACUCUUAUUGUUUCUAAAAGGGUGCUGGUGACAGAAGAAAAGAAUGAUUGACGGGAAACAGACACCAGCCUGUAGACUCUCACCCCUUUGCUUCAGAUACCGAUUUAUCAGUGCAUCUGGGCAUCCCCUGUGAGCCGUGAACACAGAGGAUCACUCAGGGUUAUCGACAGUGUAGCUGAAGACCCACAACUUCACAAAUUAUUAUCUACUGUUGGACAUCUUCUACAAGAAGCCCUGACAAAUAAGUUAUAAGACAAAGGACACGCUCUACAUCGCUGUGAAAGGCCGUCACUGGGGUCUGUGUGGCUUCUACCAAAGUCUUCAACUUAGUAAAGCAAACGUUGUAUCCUAAUGCCUCACGUUUGAGUUGGAACCUAUUUUAUAAAAUAUCUACAUGCAUAUGUACAUAUAUCUAUAAUCUAUAGACUGAACGUAUGUCAGUACUGAGCGUCUUUACGAAGGUGACCUAAAAGGAUUUAGAAAUGUAUUUGUCAAGAUUUCUGUCACUUCACGCCCUCUGGGUCACCGUAUCUUCUGUGAUGCAGCAUUAUCCUUCCGUGUGGGGACAUUAUGAUGUGUGUAAGACCCAAAUUUACACAGAAGAAGGAAAAGUAUGGGAUUACAUGGCCUGCCAGCCAGAAGCCAGAGACAUGAUCAAAUAUGUAAGAGUGACUCUGGAUCCCCCAGAUAUAACGUGUGGAGAUCCUCCUGAGACUUUCUGUGCAAUGGGGAACCCCUACAUGUGCAAUAAUGAAUGUGAUGCAAGUACUCAAGAACUGGCUCAUCCUCCAGAAUUGAUGUUUGAUCUUGAAGGAAGACAUCCAUCCACAUUUUGGCAGUCCACAACUUGGAAGGAUUAUCCAAAGCCUCUUCAUGUUAACAUUACACUCUCCUGGAACAAAACCAUUGAGCUGACAGAUAACAUAGUUAUCACUUUUGAAUCUGGCCGUCCAGACCAAAUGAUCCUGGAGAAAUCCCUCGACUAUGGACGAACAUGGCAGCCCUACCAAUAUUAUGCCACAGACUGUUUAGAUGCUUUCCACAUGGAUCCAAAAUCAGUGAGGGAUUUAUCACAGCAUACAGUCCUAGAAAUCAUUUGCACAGAAGAAUACUCUACUGGAUAUAUGACAAACAGUAAAAUAAUCCACUUUGAAAUCAAAGAUAGAUUUGCUUUUUUUGCUGGACCUCGGCUUCAUAAUAUGGCUUCUCUUUAUGGCCAGCUUGACACAACCAAGAAGUUAAGAGAUUUCUUUACCAUCACAGAUCUGAGGAUAAGAUUGCUUAGACCAGCAACUGGAGAAAUAUAUGUAGAUGAGCAACACCUGGCACGGUACUUUUAUGCCAUCUCAGACAUAAGGGUAUAUGGAAGGUGUAAGUGCAACCUUCACGCUACUGGCUGUAAAGAAGAAAACAAAAGACUACUGUGUGAAUGUGAGCAUAACACAACUGGCCCAGACUGUGGAAAAUGCAAGAAGAAUUACCAGGGCCGACCAUGGAGCCCUGGUUCUUAUCUGCCUAUACCUAAGGGCACUGCUAAUAUCUGUAUACCCAGUAUUUCCAGUAUUGGUAAUCCUCCAAAGUUUGAUAGGAUAUGGCCGAAUAUUUCUUCUCUUGAGGUUUCUAAACCAAAUCAAGUUGCUCCCAAAUUAUCUAUGACAACUGUUUCUUCUGUUCAAGUUGCAAACCACAAGAGAGACUGUGAAUGCUUCGGGCACUCCAACCGGUGCAGUUACAUCGAGCUGCUCAAUACGGUCAUUUGCGUGAGCUGUAAGCACAACACUAGAGGUCAGCACUGUGAGUUAUGCAGGCUGGGCUACUUCAGAAAUGCUUCUGCAGAGCUGGACGAUGAAAAUGUGUGCAUAGACUGUUAUUGUAACCCUUUUGGUUCAGUCCAUGAUCGCUGUAAUGACAGAGGAUUUUGUGAGUGUAAGGAGGGAGCAUCAGGGCCUAAAUGUGAUAAAUGUCUGCCGGGAUAUAUCUGGCACAGCUUGGGCUGUCAACCAAAUGUGUGUGACAACGAGCUCCUGCACUGCCAGAAUGGAGGGACAUGCAUCAACAACGUGCGGUGCCAGUGCCCUCCAGCCUACACUGGCAUCUUGUGUGAGAAGCUUAAGUGUGAAAGGGAUCCAGGAGGCUGCAGCCAAAGCUCGGCCCAGGGGGCAAUAUCCCACAGUCCCUUAUUACUGCUGAUGGCCCUACUAGGAGCAGCCAGACUUCACAUGUGCUAGGCUUCGUAUGGUUGAUGGCAUUGUAUUUGGACUGCUUCAAAAGAACGUGCCACAUGAAAAGAAAACAAAAUCCAAGCAUUUGCUACUGAAAAUUCAAAAAGGAAAAAGAAAGAAAAAAAUCCACAUACAAACUUGGAAGGCCUAACUGAACUAAGCCAUAUUAAUCAGUUAUGGACAGCGUUCUAGGUCAAGACUGCUCACCGCAACCGGAGAUGGGCUGGCAGCUCUUGCUCUGCCCAACCAGUGCUGGCUGCCAGGCUCACACAGGACAAACAGCUUGGACAGCCCCGAAACGGAAAGGGAAACGAAAAACAUUUGCUACUCCUCUCUGGUGCGCUGCUGUACCUCCGCCCAGUGUGUGGACCAACCAAAUAAAGGCAUUCUUUGCUGUCAGUGCAUUGUGGGUAUAAGGAAAUCUGUAAAAGCUGCCAUAUUGGCCUGCUUCAGUCCCUGAAUCCUCUCCAACCUGUGCUUUAGUGAACGUUGCUCUGUAACCCUUGUUGGUUGAAAGAUUUCUUUGUCUGAUGUUAGUGAUGCACAUGUGUAACAGCCCCCUCAAUAAAACUCAAGCCAGUCAUAUCCUUGUAUACCUUAGCAGCACCGCAUCAGUACGAUGCCGUGUUCACCUACUGUACAAGAGUGGCUAUAGGACAAAAAGUGUAUUUAUCCUUUUGUAUUCAAAUGAAGUUAUUUUUCUUGAAAUAAUGUACAAUGUAGAUUUUUUGUAUUAUUGCCUAUUUGUGUUACCAGACAAUUUGUUAAUGUAUUUAAUUCUAAUCAGAUAAGAGAAAAAUUACUUUUUAUUUAGUCCUUUUCUUUUACCUUUCAUUUAAUUGUGCAGAGAUUUCUCUGUAUGGGCAACGUGCUGGCAUCAAAGAAUAUCAGUUUACAUAUAUAACAAGUGUAAUAAGAUUCCACCAAAGGACAUUCUAUAUGUUUUCUUGUUGCUUUAACACUGAAAGAUUUCCAAGAAUAAAAAUUC